AUGCCGUUCGAUUUCAAAGCCUACGACGCCAAGUGCGCGGGCAUGACCCCUCCCGAGCUCCAGAAGGAGUGGGAGCACUACACGCGCCUCAUUGCGGGCGGCGGCACCUCGACGGCCAUCGCGGGCCUCGCCAUCCCCCUGACCGCGGGCAUCAGCACCAUAGGCGUCGCCCUCGCCGCCCUGGGAAUCCACAACUCUCGCCGCAAGCGCGAGAUCAUCGAGCGGCACCUCCAGCGCCACGGGACGACGCACAAGACGCGUAAGAGGGACGUGCUGGUCAGCAUGGUCUUCUCUGGCACAGUUGGGGUGGUCACUCUCGGCGUAGGGUCCGCGGGCGCCGACAGCAUCGUGCAGAAUGGUGCCGAGCACGGGCUUGUGCUGUGCGAUACCGCGGUCAAGACUGCCACGCAUGUUGCGCUUGACGGUGCGGGCAUGGCGCUCGAACAUGCGCACACGAGCCACAAGAAGAAGAAG